CUGGCACACUGAUAAUCGAUCGUUUUCCGAUAGAUGAUCAAUCGAUUUGAUUAAUUUUAAUCCCCGGAUCACCUUCACGGUGUCAUUUUACACAGAGAAAGAGAGGCUGCAGCAGAACAACACAGGCUCUCACCCUGCUUUACUGCUGGAUUUCUCAACAAUCCGGAUCAUUAGCUGGAAUAAUUCGCUUUAAAUCCACAUUUUUAAACAUUUUACAUCCUUAUUAACAUACCACACAAGCUCCAAACCCUUUAAAACAGCCUGUUUUUAUGUGAUCAGCUGUAGAAAACGCUCAGGAAGAGGUCAAGCUCCAGCCAAAGUUUAUUUACUCUAGCUCUAAGCUAGGCUAUAACUGGCUAAUGCUGUGGUGCAACACUGUUAUCUAGAGGUUAAACCCUUUUAAAACCUUUUUAAACCCUUUAAAAUGCUUUAUUUUACUGCGUAGAACUAAUUGUAAGUGUUUACUAAGGCUGUAAAUGUUUAUUAUCUGGUUUCCAGGUUUUGAUCCAUGAUAAUACCAUGCUAUUUUGAAGUUGGAUGCUAUCCAUGCUGUGGAAUAUGGAGCUCAACUGUUACAUAGUUUUAUCUUUUAGGUUUGACGUUUAAAAAAAUAGUAUACCAGUAAUCAAUUAUGUAUUGUUUGCAUACACUGUAGUAGUACUACAGUAAUCACACCCUGAAUAAGGGCUGCAACUCAUGAUUAAUUUGUUAGACAGCUAAUCUGAUGAUUGUGUUGUUUGUUAUUUUGAAGUUGGAUGUCAUCCCUGCUGUGGAAUAUGGAGCUCAACUGUUAUUUCUUGUUCUCGUUUUAUCUCUAGAAACAGCUGAAAUGGGAUUUAAAUUCCCUUAAAUUGUCCAAAACGUUGCUCUUUAAAUGUGGAAAGUGCUGCUAUUUAUUGAGGAAAUGUGUAUUCUGUUGAAUUUGGGCCCUUUUGGAGACGUAGACAGAGUUGAGUGUAAACUGUUUGAUUUACCCAGUACUGUUUUACUGAAUAGAACUACUUUUAAGUGUCUACUAUGGCUACAAAUGUUUAUUAACUGGUUUCCAUGCUGUCAUCCAUGAUAAUGCCAUGCUAUUUUGAAGUUGGGUGCCAUCCAUGCUGUGGAAUAUGGAGCUCAAUUGUUACUUCUUACAUAGUUUUAUCUCUUAGGUUUGACAUUUAAAUUUUAGAGUACGGUAACCAAUAAUGUAUAUUUGAAUACACUGUAGUAGUACUACAGUAAUCACACACUGCUGAAUACGUGGCUGCAAUUAGGGCUGCAACUAAUGAUAAUUUUGGUAGUUGACUGAUUUGACUAUUAUUUUCCUGAUUAGUCGAUUUGUAGAUUAUUUCUGCUUCCUCUGGGAAUGGCUUCGGUUUAUAGCUUCCUCUGUCUUCGCUUCAAAUCGCUAGAAACAGCUGAACAAGGGAUUUAAAUACACUUUAAAUGUGGAAAGUGCUGCUAUUUAUUGAGGAAAUGUGUAUUCUGUUGAAUUUGGGCCCUUUUGGAGACAUGUUGAGUGUAAACUGUUUGAGUGUCCCCAGUACUGUUUUGCUAAAUAGAACUACUUUUAAGUGUCCGCUAAGGUUACAGAUGUUUAUUAACUGGUUUCCAUGCUUCGAUCCAUGAUAAUACCAUGUUAUUCUGAAUUAUUUUGAAGUUGGAUGCCAUCCAUCUUGUGGAAUAUGGAGCUCAACUGUUAUAUCUUUUUAUUAGGUUUGAUAUUUUAAUUUUAGUAUACGUAUUGUACAGUAAUCAAUAUUGUAUAUUCGCAUGCACUGUAGUAGUACUACAGUAAUCACACACUGAAUUAGGGCUGCAACUAAUGAUCAAUUUGGUAGAUGGCUGCAACUAUUGAAUAUUUUGUUCGUCUACUUAUCUGGCGAUUAUUUUUUCCGAUUAGUUAACGAUUAUUUCUGCUUGCUCUGGGUAUGGUUCCUGUUUCUAGCUUUCUCUGUCUUCGCUUCAAAUCGAUAGAAACAGCUGAACAAGGGAUUCAAAUGCCUUUCAAAUGUCCAGAACGUUGCCCUUUAAAUGUUUAAAAAUGCUGCUAUUUAUCGAGGAAAUGUGUUGAGGUAACCUGUUGAAUUUGGGCACAUUUUGAGACACACAAAAAAAAGAAGGAAUAAAGUGUUGUUUGAUUAAUAAUUUAAACAAUACUCAAUUAUUGAUGUGUUCUUCAGCAUGCUAACGCUAGGUGACAAAGAUCACCACCUCUAAGCUAUUUACGUGCCGUUAAAAUUACUGCAAUCAGUUAAAUCAAACAGAUAAGAUGUAAACUAGGCCCAAAGCAAUAGUUACAUCAGUGAGUUAUCAUAAAAUAAACAUGCAAACAUAAUCUCAGUAAAAAUCCACAACAACACUGUUUAAUACCGUAAUAUGAGAUUGCUGUGUUUAAUACUAAUAAUCCUUGCUUAAAAAGCCUGUGGGUGGAUAUAUUUAUGGAUGUAUACAUGUAUUGAUGAGUACAUUCAUGUCUGGAUAGAAAUAUUAGUAAAUAUAUUGACCAAUAUACAGUAUAGGUGGAUGUACUGUUGGGUAAAUCAAUGUAUUUAUGGAUGGAAUUGUGUAGAAAAGUAUACUGAUGGUUGGUUGGAUAUAUCAAUGGAUACAUGGAUGGAAGGAUGGAUAUAUUGAAAUACAGAUGCAUGGACAAAUAAAAAUGGCUAUAUACUGUAGGUAUCAAAAUAUAUGUUUUGAUUAAGACUGUAUUUAGGUGUAUGUACUGAUGGCAGAAUCUACAUAUAGUAGUCAUAGGAUACAAAUUUGUAUGGAUGGAUGGUUGGAUGGAUAUGUUGGAAAAAUCAAUGUACUAGUGCAUCCCAAAAACUGAAAAGUUUAUUUCAGAAAAAAUAAUUUGAAAAUAUGAAACUCAUACAUUAUAUAGAUGUAAUAAACACAGAGUGAUCUAUUUUAUGCGUUUAUUUCUUUUAUUGUUGAUUGAAUGAUUAUGGCUUACAGCCAAUUAAAACCCAAAAAUCAGUGUCUCUUUUGCACAAGUAAAACACAAGUUUAAUAUAAAAUUACUAUAUGUUAUUCCUUAAGCCAUUAGAGGCAUUACAGUGUAAAAAUCAGCUACAAAUCCCUUCUUUUUCCAGUUAACAAAUAUGUUCAGUGCAGUGUGCAUUACUUUUAUCCUUCAAACUAGAGAAUUAAGAUAUUUAAAUAGGGCUAUCACACCUCGUUUCCAGAGUUGAUUAUGGAUUACAGCCAAUAAAAAUCAGUGUCUCAGAAUAUUUGAAUAUUUUAUAUGUAAGACCAAUUGAUACUUGCUCUUGGCUGUGUAGGCAGUGUGCCAAGUUCUGCUGGAAAAUGAAAUCCUCAUCUCCAUAAAAGUUGUAAUCAGCAGAGGGAAGCAUGAAUUGCUGUGAGAUUUUUCUGUAUAUUGUUCCAAUAAUAUAUUGAUUAAUUGAUUGAUUGAUGGAAGCCUUGAUAGACCUCUACCUGCAGUUGGAAAUCUUCAGUUUGUGCAUUUAUAAAUGCUUUUUGUUAUAAAACGUCUGUGUCUGUAUCUGUUCACUCAAUUUAUGUAUUUAAAUGUAGAUAAAUACAGUGACUAUGUAAGAUAAUGCGAUUUUGCUUGAUUUUCUUGUGUUAAUUCUUAGAACUUGACCCCGUUAGUCAAUCGCGCCCACACACACACACACACACACACACACUACAUUAACAAAGACUUCUUCAAAGCGAAGAGAAGCUGCCGUUUUGAUGUGUUUUGAGUGUAAAAUUGAAUCUACCUGCUGUUUAAUCUGCAGGAAUGGAAGGAAACCUUUGUUUUAUUGUUUUUUUAUCUGCGUUGGAGAAACGCUUGACCUGUAGCGCUCUGCCGAAUACGCUCGGCGCCUCGUUCUCCCGCCUGUUGCCUCAGCCUGUGGAUCUCCAGCCUCCUGUAAUGGUUAAUAGCGUGUUACAUCACUCAGGCCCUGUUUUAUCUCCAGAUCUUCUCUCAGCAGCGUUUGUUGUUGGCGGAGGAGGAGGACGUGUCUCUUUAUUCUGCGUUUGUUUCAGACGCUGGUCUCCUGAGAGUUCGCCGGCAUGUGAGAACGUUUCCAGCUUAAAGUCCCUCUAUUUGUGCAUCGACGUCAUAAAUAAAAGAAGUGAAACGGCGCUCCCUGGAAGAGAAAGUGGAAGUGCGUCGUUCCUCGACCGAGGAUUUGAUGAGAGAGGACUUCCUGUCACUGCUGGAAUGUCCAGAGCAGAUAGAAGGUGAGGGGAUCAGUGAGUGCAGGACCAGGUGAACGGGAGGUUCUGGAGGUUUAUGAAGUUCUGUGGAGUUACUGAAGAGGACCUCAGUGCAGGUUCACACUGCACUGGACAGAGUGGAGCUCCUGACCCAUGGAGAAUUACUUCCAGGCUGAGGCCUUUAACCUGGAUAAGGUUCUGGACGAGUUCGAGCAGAACGAAGAUGAAACGGACACCCCCACGCUUUCGGAUGCCAAGUGGACCCAGAUUCUUGCCCCGCCGGCUCACCUCCUGUCCCUGAACCCUGCCCUGACCCACGCUGACCUCAGCCCGAGGGAUAGCCCUAUUAACUUUAAGCCUCUUUUGGAGCCUCCGGGUCCAGGUUCUGGAGGUUCCUCUCUGGCGGAGGUCACCGGGCCAGAUGCGAAGCAAGGUUCUGGGCUUCCCCCGGAGGUUUGGAGCGAGGAACGGCCAGCGGAUGUCCAUAGCCCACCUUUGCUUCAGCCCAACAUCGGCAAGCUGGUGAGCGCCGACAGCCAGGCAUUGGACUCUCCACCUUCCACCAGGGCGGCGCACGUCGAGAACGGGUGCACGUCUCUUCCGGCUUGCAACGGACUUGCAGUGGUUCCUCAGGCCAGUGAUGAUCCUCCUGCCUCAGAUCAGCCCAGCUCCUUGGGCUUGGGUUCUGGGGCCUGUAGGGAUCAAUCGAACGACCCUAGCGAAGGGGACAGUGCCUGUUUUAACGAUGCACAUUUCUCGUUUUCUGAGGGACAAGGACUUGCACAAGGAUGUCAGGACAUCAAUUUGAAGAAUGGUGCUUCCCCAGUUGAGAUGGAGUACAAUGGGGCAAGCAAAGGUGAUGACGAAUUAUCUGUUGCCGUCAAGGAAGUUGAAAGAAGAGAAUGUAGGAAUCUUGGGCUUCUGGAAGGAAGCAGUUUCGAGACAAGUAAUGGCACUCCAGUAGAACUGGUCGCAGAUCAAGAGUGUCCAAUGAUGGGUGCCUUUCAGAAUGGUAACGAGGUCAACGAUGGCAACGAAUGUGACAAGAAGGACAGUUGGGAUGUACAUCAAGAAGGGACGGAAAUGAAGAGUCAAGAAGAUUCUUCUCUUGUUGAAUCGCCAGGGAUUGUUGGGAUUACGGUUUCUGAGAGAUCUCAGCAAAACGGCGUGGUCGAGGAACUCAACGGAGAGCGACCCAACCAGCUUCCGCUUCCUUCCAAGGAGGACUCUGUGACCGAAGAGAAAGAGAUGGAGGAGAGUAAGCAGGAAUCUUGCGAACCUGGUCGAGGGGGCGAGGUUACCGGAGGCAGCGGUGACAAACUCAGCAACAGUCGCCUGCAGGUCGUCAGCGUCCCUUACGGCGGUGCGAGACCCAAACAACCUGCCGGCCUCAAGCUGCAGAUUCCCCAACCUCUAUCAGGGCAAGUCCAGAACGAACUCGCUUCCACCGGCAGGAACAAGAACCUGGAGGCCCAAAGCAGGGUAGGCGGCCUUGAAUCGUCUUGCGGGAGUACAGAUUCUGGGAUCAGUAGGAUUAACGGGGAAAACGUGGAAGGGUCCCCAAGCUUGCACAUUACCUCAGAGAACCCGGACAAUGACCUCCAAGCAGGGCAGCAGGGAUCUCUCUCCAGAAAGCCCUACAGCUCUUUGGGGGAUGUGGCUCCCGUGUGGGUGCCGGACUCUCAAGCGCCCAUCUGCAUGAAGUGUGAGGUCAAGUUCACCUUCACCAAGAGGAGACACCACUGCCGGGCCUGCGGCAAGGUGUUCUGUGCUGCGUGUUGUAGUCUGAAGUGCAGGCUCAUGUAUAUGGACAGGAAGGAGGCUCGGGUUUGUGUGACCUGUCAUCACGCUCUAAUGAACGCUCAGUCCUGGGAGAAUUUAGUGAGCAGCUCCAAUCAGAGCCCGAAUCCCAACAACCCAGCGGAGUACUGCUCCACCAUCCCCCCCCUGCAGCAGGCACAGGCAUCCGGCGCCCUCAGCUCACCUCCACCCACCGUCAUGGUGCCCGUUGGAGUCCUCAAACAGCCGGGCACUGAGAGUUCGGGUCCGCGUGAGCAGAGGCGAGUGUGGUUUGCAGAUGGAAUUUUACCAAAUGGUGAAGCUGCAGAGUCCAGUAAAGCUCCUGCCUCCAGCCCCAGCCAAUCACAGCCUCCCGCUGCGCCCCAGUACCCCAACAAAUCCACAGCGGCCGGCCAGCAGGAGGCGUGUCGAGCCCCUGGAGCUCCGGUGGGCAGCCCCGUGGGCAGCUCGGUCAGUUUGAUCCCGGAGGACGGCCUUCCUCCCAUCCUCAUCUCCACCGGCGUUAAAGGAGGUACGGGAGGCCACAUCUCAGAUUACGCAGUGGAGGAACGGCCGUUGGAGAUUCUGUUACUGCAGCAGCUGGAGGAGGGCGGUCCGGACCCGCUGGUGUUCGUGCUGAACGCCAACCUGCUGGCCAUGGUCAAACUGGUCAACUAUGUAAACAGGAAGUGCUGGUAUGUGACGACGAAGGGCAUGCACGCGGUGGGUCAGGCCGAGGUGGUGGUGCUGCUGCAGUGUCUGCCGGACGAAAAGAGCAUUCCAAAAGACAUCUUCAGCCACUUCGUACAGCUCUAUCAGGAGGCCCUCACAGGUAACGUGCUGAGCCACCUAGGGCACUCGUUCUUCACGCAGAGUUUUCUGGGCAGUAAGGAGCACGGCGGCUUCCUCUACAUCAGCCCCACCUUCCAGUCCCUGCAGGACCUGCCCCUGCCCAACCCCCCCUACCUGUUCGGAGUACUGGUGCAGAAGUGGGAGACCCCCUGGGCCAAAGUCUUCCCCAUCCGCCUCAUGCUGCGCCUGGGGGCCGAGUACAGAUUUUACCCCUGCCCCCUGUUCAGCGUUCGCUUCAGAAAGCCUCUGUUUGGAGAAACCGGUCAUACCAUCAUUAACCUGCUGGCAGAUUUCCGGAACUAUCAGUACACGUUACCGGUGGUGAGGGGUCUGGUGGUGGACAUGGAAGUGAGGAAAACCUGCAUUAAGAUCCCCAGCAACCGCUACAACGAGCUCAUGAAGGCUAUGAAUAAGUCUAACGAGCAUGUGCUGGCGAUGGGGGCGUGUUUUAAUGAGCGGGCGGACUCUCACCUGGUGUGUGUUCAGAACGACGACGGGAAUUACCAAACGCAAGCAAUCAGUAUUCAUCACCAGCCUCGCAAAGUUACGGGCGCUUGCUUUUUCGUGUUCAGUGGAGCUUUAAAGACCUCGUCGGGGUUCCUGGCGAAGACCAGCAUAGUUGAAGAUGGGGUGAUGGUGCAGAUUACAGCAGAAACGAUGGAGGCUCUUCGUCAGGCUCUGAGGGAGAUGAAGGAUUUCAGUAUUGUCUGUGGAAAAGCUGAUCAGGAGGAGAACCAGGAGAACGUCCAUAUCCAGUGGAUAGAGGACGACUUAAACUUCAACAAGGGUGUGAUCAGCCCUAUAGAUGGGAAAUCUAUGGAGUCCAUCACUAGUGUUAAAAUAUUCCACGGCUCGGAGUAUAAAGCCAACGGAAAGGUCAUCCGCUGGACUGAGGUGUUUUUUCUGCAGAGUGAUGAUCAGCCGAACGGUCUGAGUGACCCUGCUGAUCACAGCCGGCUGACGGAGAAUGUUGCCCGGGCAUUCUGCAUGGCUCUUUGUCCUCACCUGAAGCUGCUGAAGGAGGACGGCAUGGCCAAGCUGGGGCUGAGGGUCACGCUGGACUCAGAUCAGGUGGGGUAUCUGGCGGGCAGUAACGGUCAGCCGCUGCUCUCUCAGUAUCUGAGUGAUCUGGACAGUGCGCUCAUCCCCGUCAUCCACAGCGGAGCCUGUCAGCUGAGCGAGGGUCCCGUCGUCAUGGAGCUCAUCUUCUACAUCCUCGAGAUCAUCUCUUAAAGAGCGGGUUCUCCAUCCUUCUUCCUCUCUUUCUCUUUUUCUUUCUCUCUCUCAUUUGCACUUCUAAGAGCCUGAAAGCUGUGCUGGGAUGAACAGAAUCAGCAGUAUUCCUCCGGAUCACCUCUCUAUGCACCAUCCUUCUCCUCCAUCUCCUCCUACACUGUGGAAACCCUGAGGUCGGGCUGGGUCCCAGAACCACUGUUUCAUUUAGCAGAGCCUCGCUGUAGCAGCACCCGGUUCUGGAGGCUCUCCGAGGUCCGAGAGGGAACGUCAGGGCUGCACGAUACUGAUAGUAUAUAUAUAUAUAUAUGUAUUAUUACUGCGAUUUAUAUAUAUAUAUAUAUAUAUAUACACAGCUCUGUAAAAAAUAAAGCACUUCAGUUUCUGAAUCAGUUUCUCUGAUUUUGCUAUUUAUAGGUUUAUGUUUGAGUAAAAUGAACAUUGUAGUUUUAUAAAUUCUAUAAACUACAGACAACAUUUCUCCCAAAUUCCAAAUAAAAAUAAAAAUAUUCUCAUUUAUAGCAUUUAUUUGCAGAAAAUGAGAAAUGGCUGAAACAAGUUCAUAUUCAUAAAGUUUUAAGAGUUAAGAAAUCAAUAUUUGGUGGAAUAAACCUGGUUUUUAAUCACAGUUUCAGUUCAUGCAUCUUGGCAUCAUGUUCUCCUCCUCCACCAGUCUUACACACUGCUUUUGAAUAACUUUAUGCUGCUUUACUCCUGGUGCAGAAAAAAAAAAUCAAAACAGGUUUUCAAUUUGGUAAAAUCAAAGAAACUCAUCAUUUUUAAGUGCAUUCUUAUUUUCUUCCAGAGCUGUAUAUAUUUGAGAAUUGGUUGGUCCUAAAAAAAAAAUCAUGUUUGUUCAAAGAGACCCCGCCCCCUGUGAGAGUGAUUGGUUCUAACCACCACAUUGUUUGUUCUGACAACGCCCCUUCUCUGUAAUUGGUCUUAAUACUCUUAUUUUACUGACUAGGAUUGGUCAUAAUAAUCACACCAAAUGGUUACAAACUAUGGUUGGUUCUAGUUAUGAUGUUUGUUCUAGAACCUCCGCUUGGCUGUGAUUGGUCCUAAUUAAGACAUGUGAUUGGUUCUAAUCGCCACUUUGUUCGAUCUAAGACUGCCUCUUGACUGUGAUUGGUCCUGAUUGUUUGUUCUGAGACCGCACCCUCACUGCCAUUGGGCCUAAUUUUUACAAAACUUCUAUCAGCCUGUGACUGGUUCUAAUUAAAGCUUAUUCUAAUUAUUUGAAUUGGUCCUAAUUAAAGCAAAUUCGUGUGUUCUAAGGACUUUCCUUGAGCGUGAUUGGUCGUAAUCACAGGGUUGCUUGUUCUAAGAUUGCUCCUAACCACAACUGAGACCGCCCCUUCCCUGCAAUUGGCCUCAAUACUCUGACUGUGAUUGGUUUGUUGAUCAACAUUCCCCUAACUGUGAUUGGUCCUAAUUAAAGCUUAUUCUAAUUGGUCCUAAUUAAAGCAAAUAUUGUGUGUUCUAAGACCUUUCCUUGAGUGUGAUUGGUCCUAACCACUCAUUGGUUUGUGCUAAGACUGCCCCCCUCACUGUGAUCGGUCUUAUUAAAUGCUUAUCUAAUCAUUCUAAUUGGGCCUAAUCAAAGCUUAUUCUUAUUGGUUCUAAGCUUAUGCUAACUAUUCUAAUUGGGCGUAAUUAAAGCAAAUGUUGUGUGUUCAAAGACCUUUCCUUUAACGAGUGUUCGUUCUAAGAUCGUCUCCUGACUGUGAUUGGCCCCAAUACCCUGAUUGUGAUUGGCUUGUUGAGAAACAUUCCCUUCACUGUGAUUGGUCCUAAGUAAAGCGUAUUAUAAUUGGUCCUAAUCAAAGCAAAUGUGUGUUCUAGGACCUUUCCUUAAGGGUGAUUGGUCGUAAUCACAGUGUUGUUUAUUCUAAGAUUGUCCCCUGACUGUGAUUGGUCCCAACCCCUACUUUGUACGAUCUAAGACCGCCUCUUGACUUUGACUGGUCCUAAUUCUUUGUUCUGAGACCAUCCCCUUUGCUACCAUUGGUUCUAAUUUUGACGGAAUUUGUUCUGAGACCUUCCUCUGACUGUGAUUGGUCCAAAUUGUGAGUUUUUUCUUGGACUGCCCUCUCACUGCGAUUGGUCCUAAUUAAAGUAAAUGUUGUUUGUUUUAAGACCUUUCUUUAAUUGUGAUUGGUCAUAAUCACCAUGUUGUCCUAACCUCCUGACUGUGAUUGGUCCUAAGCAUGAAGACUUCUGUUAAAUCAAAACAUUGUUCUAAAACAGCCCCUCACUGUGAUUGGUCCAAACCCCCUAACUGUGAUUGGUCCUAAUUCCAUAAAGCAGCAUGUGUUGAGAUGCCCCCCUCACUGUGAUUGGUUCUAGCCCUUCUGACUGUGAUUGGUCCAACUGUAAUUGUGACUACUUUAGUUCCAAGACCUCCCCCAACUGUGAUUGGUUGUAAUCGCCUCAUUGUUUGUGCUGAGACCUCCCCCUGACUCCCCCAGCCUAAACCAUGAGGCAAUUAAAACCAAUCACAGUCAGGGGGAGGUCUCAGCACAAACAAUGAGGCGAUUAGAACCAAUCGCCUCAUUGUUUGUGCUGAGACCUCCCCCUGACUGUGAUUGGUUCUAAUCGCUUCAUUGUUUAGGCUGAGACUAUGAGACUGCCCCCUGACUGUGAUUGGUUCUAAUCGCCUCAUUGUUUCUGCUGAGACCUCCCCCUGACUGUGAUUGGUUCUAAUCGCCUCAUUGUUUCUGCUGAGACCUCCCCCUGACUGUGAUUGGUUCUAAUCGCCUCAUUGUUUCUGCUGAGACCUCCCCCUGACUGUGAUUGGUUCUAAUCGCCUCAUUGUUUGUUUGGAGACUCUCCAUUACAACUAGCCCAAUCUGAACUUCCCCUAAAUUGUGAUUGGCUUGUUUUGGGACCACCCCCUGACUGUGAUUGGUCAUAAUCAUCAAAUUGUUUGCCACAAUCGCGAUUAUAAUACAUAUGAUACUAUCAAUAUAUUGUGCAGCCCUAAUAUAACUUGAGCACACAGACCCAGAAUGAUGGAACGAAUCAGAACUGGGGAACGUUUGGGUUCUGCGAGGUUCCUGUAGGUUCCUGUAGGUUCUAGUGCAGUGCCUGGAGCAGCUGUUCAGCAGGAGACGAAGGAUGAAGUCGGCUGAGCUUCAGUCUCACCUUUUAGCUUUACAAACCACCAGAUGCUUUAUUUCACCAGAGUGGAGAACAUGGACCUGAGGUUUUGAUUUUCCGUUCCGUUUUUUGUUUGUUGUUUUUUGUUUGUUUGUUUGUUUGUUUUUGUUUGUUUGUUUCCCAAGGCGAAAUGCUCCAAAGCUGAAAUGAUGUAGCUUCACAAGAUGCAAACAUCAGACAGGACUCGGAUCAUCAGGACUGCUUUGUGCGUUUUGGAAGGAAUGCGGUGCAUGUACACUUAUUUAUGGAGUUGCGUUACUAACUGAACCCUGUUACAGAGCGGCUCCGCCCACCAGAACCAGUUCACAGAACCAGAAACCCCCCCCGAUUCGAGUCGUGGACCCCCCCCCCCCCCAGAUUCGAAUCUUUGCCCCAAGAUUUAAGUCUUUGGGUUUCGAGCGGGAUUAGAGUUUCUGGACUCAAGUCACCAGAUUCGAGUUGUCGGUCACCGGAUUUGAAUAGUCAGUUACCGGAUUAAAGUUCGCAGAUUUGAGUUGUUGGUUACUGGAUUCAAGUUCCUGGAUUAGAGUCGUUGGUCAGCGGAUUCGAGUUGCAGGAUACGAGUCGUUGGUCACCAGAUUUGAGUUGUCGGACACCAGAUUCAAGUAAUCAGUUACCGGAUUCAAGUUCCUUGAUUAGAGUCGUUGGUCACCAAAUUCGAGUCGUUGGACACCGGACGCAAGUUGUGGGAUUCAAGUUGCCGGUCGCCAGAUUCGAGUUGUGGGAUUCGAGUCGUCGGUUACCGGAUUCGAGAAGCCAGAACUGUUCUGGAUCUGUGUGGUUGAUUGAUUUCUGACUGUUAUCACCUGGUUGAGGGUUUAUAAUCCCACAGAUCCGACGACAACUCCUGGUUGGAAUAAAACCAGCUGACCUCCAUCCGUCUCCUCUCAUCAGAGCAGCUCAUAUCUGUACCAUUUCCAUCCGAAAAGAACACUAAUGUCCCUUUCCUAAAAGAUAAAGAGAUUAUAUGAGAUAUAUACUUCUAAUUUGCGAUGCAGUGCACUGGAAAUUAAGCCAUUUUUAGGAAACGGAGGGACCGUGAUUGGAACAUUUGCUGUCGAGGGGUUUAAUUUUUUUGUCUCAAUUAUUUUUUGUUUUUUUAUUAAAAACCCUUAAAAAGGCCUGGAUGAUGAUAAUCAGUCAGUGGGUGGGGUUUGGGAUGUGAUGGUGUUUAUUGAUUAUAUGACCUUUAUGAUGACCUUUAUGGAAAAGUUGAUGGGUUUCUAUAGUAUUAUAUAACCUAAACUCUUCCUGUUACAGGAUUCACUACAGAAUAGAAUUUAUUUUCUUUAUUUUCUAUUGAUUUCUCACUUUCAGGAAAAACAGUGGGAUGUUAAAAACCACAUAUUCCCUUUGGAGCUGCACAGUAUGGAGAGAAUACCAGUAUUAAUGUGUAUAUACUAAUCAUAACAUUUUACCAUAACAUUAAGACCACUUUAAGGUUAUAUAAAUAACAUUUGGUGAUUAGCAGCUUUACAGGAAAUGGGAAAAAACAAGCAAAAAAGUCAUUUUGGAGCCUGAAAUUCUGAUUAAAGAAUAAAAUUAAAGGAAAUACUGUGCAGCUCUAAUCAGUUUUACUGAACUUCUAGAUGCGUACAGAGCAUUAGUGUGGAAUAUUCUCUUUAAAACUCUACAGAAUAGAAAUGAUUUACCCUAUAAAAGUGGAAACGUGAUGAAAUCUGUUACAAACCCUGAAUUACAUUUUCUGAAUCGAUGACUGUAUAUAAGCACUGGCUCUUCAGUUUUGAGGGAUAUGUUAAUAUAUGGUGAUCCAUGCUUAUAUACAGUUUAUUGAUGUUAUCUCAGAAACAACAUGAUAUAACCUCAACCCACUAAAUUAAAGGACUGUUUCUGGGUAAACAACUAUUGAGUUUUCUAUAGAUCUCCAUUCCCACAACAACCAAUACAGUGCAGACUCUUAAAGGGGAAGUCCACCACAUUUUUAUUUCACUCAAAAUUCUCAGUAUAAUUUAGUAUAUUAAGACUUAUUAUAACUCGUUCGAGGUGGGGAUUUUUUUUCUACUUUUUUUUUUUAAUUGACAUUUGCUUCAGUAUGAUCCCCAUUUGACUCAUGUGACCAUAAAACUGGAGGCAAAGCGAGGAAAACUUAGUUUACAAUCUUUAAUUUACACCCUUUCAUUUAUCGUAUCACCUCUGUUGUUUAGUGCAGGUAAUGCAGUUUGAGUUUGCAAUUAUUUAAAAUAUUUCCGCAGCUCUUUCGCUUUACAGACCAAAUAACAGGCCAGAUUAUUUUUUCCUUUAUGUGAAAUGAUAAUGAUCAAUUAUUCAAUCAAUUAAACUUCAUGCUUAUAGAACUUUUUAAAUGAAUCAUAUUGAAAAGUCAUAGUGCUUUACGUGACUGAUGGUUCAAGAAAGCAUUAAGAUGGGUAUAAAAACUUUAAUAAGAAUUUAUGACUAAAAUGACAAAAUUGCAUCAUAAAACAACAAAAAUAAUGCAUAAAAAAUAGUAUUGGAUAUGUAUUGGAUUUCAGGUCUACAUGAUACGAUAAAUUAAAGAUCGUAAAUGAAGUUUUCCUCGCUCUGCCUCCAGUUUUAUGCCAGCUGAGUCAAUGGGGAUCAUACUGAAGCAAAUGCUAGUUUGCAUUAAGGUGCUCUUAUCUGCGGUGCUGUUAACUUGUGGUUCCUGAUGAGUGCCAGUUUUACCAUUAUAAUGUUUUUGAUGGUCUUCGUGAUGAAUUAAAGAUUGUAAAUGAACUUGUCCUCGCUAUGUCUCCAGUUUAGUGUCACGUGAGUCAAUGAUGACCAAUCAAUUGGUUUUUAUUUAUAAACCUUUUAAGUCAAUGAUAAUGGAAGGCAAUGAGGAUAAUGCUGAUACAACUUUCUAUUGGUUACAAUAUAGACAGUAAUCGCGAUGUGAUCGAUAAUGCUUUUAAACAGAAUAUAAAUUAAGUUUUCCUCACUCUGCCUCCAGUUUUAUGUAUGAAUGCAAGGCAAAGAGCUCCCUCUGUUGUUUAAUGCAGAUAAUGCAGUUUGAGUUUACGAUUAUUUAAAACGCUAUCGCAUGCUUUUGCUUUUGAAUUGUGAAAAAUAGGAUUUAAUCGUACAAGCCUAUUAUAUAUGAAAAUGGACCAAAUUAGAAUUAAAAAUCCAAAUUAAAAGUCAGAUUCAAUAUAAAUUUGCUAGUUUAAUCAAUUACAGUGAGUUUAUAGUUUUAAGUUAAAACUUAUAUACUCUGUGAAGCAUUGUGCUCUUAUCCGGGAUGCUGUUAACUUGCGGUUCCUGAUGCGUGCCAGUUUCACCAUUAUACUGUUUUUGAUGGUCUUCGCGGUAUAUUAAAGAUUGCAAAUUAAGUUUUCCUCGCUCUGCCUCCAGUUUUAUGUAUGCAUGCAAUUUCAAUAAAUUACAAUACGUUUAUAGAGUCAGGCUAUUGUCACCAAUUAAACAAUAAAAGAAAAAUUGAAAAAAUGCAUUAAAUACUACAGACAAAAAUAUAGAAAUGGCCACAAAUGAGAUAAAACAAAUGGUAAAAGUAGCAUAUCAAUAUUGUCAGUGUUA